CUUGCUUUUGAUUGGCGAAUUCAGUUCUGUCAAAAUAUCCCAAACGUAAACAAGGUGCAAAAUUAUAAUUUUUUGGAAUGUUGCGAUAAAUACGAUAAUAAAUUAAUUUAGUUUUCAAGAAUUAAUUAAAAUGGAUCAGGAACUACUUCUUACUAACGAUGCCUUCAAUACAGACGAUAUAACUGAAUUAGAAGAUUUUCUUAAUGGGUACGACGGGGAUUUUAUGACUAAAUUAGAAGAAGAACUAUCAUUAGUCAAUGAUAGUCCUAGUUUAGAUUGGUGCGUUGAUAGUGCAAAAAUUGAAACUAAACCGCAGCAAUCUCCUCAACCUAAACAUAAUGGAAACCCAUUAGUUUCUCAAUACUCACAAAAUAGUAAACCAGCACAUAAUGUGUCACAACCAAAGAGUAGUCCAGUGCUGGGUGUCUAUAGUAGGAAUGAAGGGUAUAAUUUGCCACCACCUAACAAAGCAGCACCUUUGCCUGAUGUGACCCAACAUGGCCAAGCAAAAAUCACUCCGCAGCAACCAAUGGUUAUUCAACAAGUUGUUCAAAGCCCGGUAUAUGUAAACAUUACAAGAGCAAAUUUACAACAAUUUCCCGACGGCAGAACAUCAUUUGUUCCUAUUGAUGGAAGUACACAACUGACUCAAGCAAAUAAAACAAAUCAACCUAAUCAACCACUUUUGAUACCAAGUAAUGCAAAGACUGUGACACCAUUUAUUCUAAACACUCAAGAUGCAAACUACUCUCCAGUUAUUUUGAGAUCUAAUAUUAUUAGCCCAGAAACACAAACACUGAUGUAUACAAGUGAACCAAUACAAGCUACCACUCAAAGCAUUUUGACCAACACAAAUUCCACCACUGAGAGCAGACCAAUCCAUACAUUCUUUGCAAGUAAUAACACACCAACAGUUCUGACUGGGAUCCCUGUAGUUCUUGAUGGAGAUAAGAUUGCUUUGAACCAGACAAAUUUGGGUGUUCCGAAAGUUAAAGAGGUUAAGCGCAGUGCUCAUAAUGCAAUUGAAAGGAGAUACAGAACUAGUAUCAAUGAUAGAAUUGUUGAAUUGAAGAAUAUGCUUGUUGGUGAAGAUGCAAAGCUGAACAAAUCUGCAAUAUUAAGAAAAACAAUAGAAUACAUCAAGUACCUACAAAAUCAGAAUACCAGAUUGAAAUCAGAGAAUGCAGCGUUAAAGUUGGCUUGUCAGAAGUCUGGUGUAAAGGAGCCAGUUUUCGAAGGAGCCUACACUCCACCACACAGCGAUAUCUCUUCACCGUACCAGUCACCGCAUUCACUUGAUAGUGAUUCACCAUCUUCACCGGAAUUCAAGGUUGAAGACAAAUAUUCCAAAGUAGUUAUUGGAAUGGGUGAUCACUCUAGGCUAGCACUUUGUGCAUUUAUGGUUGGUUUGAUUGCUUUUAAUCCGUUCAGUGCCUUCUUUGGAGCAUUCAUGUUUGAAUCAACAUCAACUGUUUAUUCAACAAGAAUUGAUCAGAGAAGAAUAUUGUCAGAUGAAAACUUUGACUCAGUUGGAAUUACUUGGGGUUCAUGGUUCUUCAACAAUUUCUUUAUAUAUUUACUUAACUUUGCGGUGCUCGCACUGUGUCUAAUAAAGUUAUUGGUAUAUGGAGAUUCUGUUCCGAAAUCACAAUCUAAAGAAGCAGGUCUCUUUUACAAUCACAAACAUCAAGCUGAUAAUUAUUUAAAGAAGGGUGAUCUAAGUAACGGUCGCCUGGAGCUGCACCGCGCGUUGAGCGUGUGCGGUAAGAGCGUGCAAGCGGGCGGGGCGGGGCGCGCCGGCCUGCCCGCGCUGGCCGCAGCGGCCCUGCGACAGAUGCUGCAGCGGCUGCCCUUCGGCGGCUUCCUCGCCAGGCGGGCGGGCGACUUGUGGACCGAUAGCCCCGCAAGACGAGCGACACGUCAUUGGGCCGCUGAAGUAGCGAACGUUUCUAAUCGUCUGGCGCAGUUAGAGAUCCUGUCGAGCCACAAGGGCCGCAGCGAGCGCGUGCUGCUGGCGCUGCAGGCCAUCAACCUGGCCGAGGUGACCGGCAACAGGCAGCUCAUGUCUGACACAUAUGUCACCGCUGCACUGGUGUUUAAGGACUACAUGCCCAAGAUUGGAAAUUGGUUGUGCGGGUACUACUUGAGGCUGUGCGGCACGUGUUCGGAUGCGAGUGCGCAGACGCAGGUGAGACUGCGGUGGGCGGGCAGUGCGCGCGGGCAGAGGUUCCUGCGCACGCGGCGCUGGAGCUACGAGCGCGCGCCGCACGCGCUGCUCUCCCGUCUGCCCAGCCCUGCUGACCCUCUCGCGUACGCUAUGCGGGCAUACCACGUGGAAGUGCUGCAGAAGAGCCUACAGAUGUUGCUGAGCGCGGACGAGAACAGCAGCACGCGGGAUGUGCUCGAUCUCGUCAAACUCAUACUGGACGAUGUCUCCACUGACUCGCCGCAACAUACAGGUUGUUGGGACCCUGUGAUGGAGUGGUGGGCGAACAUGGUGGGUGUGGCGGCGGCGUGGUUGCUGGGUGAGGCGGCGCGCGCGGCCGAGCUCGCCGACCGCCUGCAGCUGCUGCCAGAGACCCUCGCCAACUGCGAGGACCCCCUGCCUGGAGCGCUGCACUCCGCAUACAAAAGCCGGCGCGCCUUGCUCAGCCUCGCUCACUGCUCCGAUGACCGCCUCAGGGAGAGGACUUCGCAAACCAUUCUCAAGAUGUGUGAUAUUGCUGGAGCCCGAUUAGCAGAUUCAUUGGCGUAUUAUUGCUGCAGAAAACCAACUCAACUUAUGAUGUUGAUGCAAGUGCUGUGCUGCGACUGGGUGCUGGAGGUGCGCGCGGGAGUGUGGGAGGCGGGAGCUGGCGCGGGGCAGGGCGCUCCGCCCGCACCUCACGCACAGCUGCAGGCCUUCCAAAGGGACUUGCACUCGCUCAGGAGGCUGUCGCAGAAUCUACCGUGGGUGACGUCGCGUGUGUUCCUGCAGUCGGCGGUGUGUCGCAUGAUGGCGGGCGCGGCGCCACGUCGCACUCAGCAGCUGCUAGACGGCAGCCUGCGUCCUAGAUUCAAUCGCUCCUCAAUUAUAUGCGGAAAAGAACGCGCGCUGGAGGGAGGUAGUGGGGAGGGUGAGCGCGCGGUGGCGUUGUACAUGGCGUGCAAACACUUGCCUGCUGGUGUGCUGGCGGCGCCGGGCGAGCGCGCUGGCAUGCUGGCACAGGCCGCCGCCAGCUUGCAGCGUGUCGGACAUCGUAGUCGACUGCCGCACUGCUACCACCUCAUGAAGUCUCUCGGCACGUUACCCGCCGGCCAUUGACACAUACUCACCUAGCACAUGAGUCACAAUUUGCCAUUCCUCUUAUUCAUCCUAUCCUUAUUCCAUUCAGAGAUGGUGUAUCAGGUUUUCGCUCUAAAUAUUGAUCUAUCGACCGUCAUGUCAGUUAAUUCCUCUCAUUUUCUUGAAAAAAAAAAACAGAGAUAGCAAUAAUUUUCUUAUGUGUGCUCAGAUGGUUGAAAUUCACGAUGACACGUGCAGCUUUAUGAUGCUAACCGACUCCGUCAUAGCGGUAUAGUAUGACCAGGAAUAAACCUAGCCACAUUGAUGAAUAACACUUAUGGAAAAAAGUAGUUAAAAUGUGACAUUGUCAUCAUUGAUUGUUGUCAUAACAUAAGAGCUGUAGUAUUUGAAUGACAGGCUAGGUUUUUUUCAUAGUCUAGGUCUACUACUUCGUAAUAAACUGUGCCUCUGAUUCUGCCAGCGAUCGUUUUAAAAGUCUUUGACCGCUUUUAUAAUCAGUAGAAAAAAUUAAAGAAUUAGAUAUAUGAAACCUGUUUGAAAAUUUAUAUUCUGUGAUUAAUAGGAAUAAGUGUAAUACAUAGGCUAAAUGCUUUUGGGGGUUGUACUGUAGCGAGAAUUAAGAAUUCGCAAUAAAACACAAUCGGCUAAGUAAUGAAUAAAAUGUUGAGUGCAAUAAUAAUAAUAUUUUUAGCGAGUCCAAAAAUCAAAUUUCUGUAGUACGCCAAGUAGUAAUUCUUUAAAAAACAAUAAUUUAUUUUGAGCUCCUUCCAUGGGUUUACAACUAUAAUUAGUAAUAUUUUUUUUUUAAUUUAAUGCGAAAUAAUUUUUAGAGACAGUUUGGCAAGCUGUUCGGAAAUAACCCCCUCUUAUCCUCCCUCCUCCCACCACACUAUGUUGCUUUUUUAUAAUGAAUAAGCUAGCGCUUGACCACAGUUGCUGCACAGUAAAAGUAAUGCAAUUGUUGAAUAUAUAUUUUUUUAGUUUUAAUACAUAAGUAGCAAUUAUAUUAGACAACCGUUUUAAUUAUUAAUCCCAAUAUUCUUACAUCACUAGUAGUUUAUAAAUUUUGUUAUUAUUUUUAAUAAGUGCCUUACAACAGUGAAUCGAAAUACUUAUGAUGUAAUAUUUUAAAAUCUUU